AUGUACCCUCAUCACAUCAGGUGUGCCCAUCAGAGUGCUCCUUUACAUCAGUUGUCCCCAUCAGAGUGCCCCUUUACAUCAGAGUGCCCCCUUACACUGAAAGUACCCCUUUCCAUCAUAUUUCCCAUCAGAGUGCCCCUUUCCAUCACGUGCCCAUUAGAGUGCCCCUUUCCACAGUAUGUGCCCCCUUAACAUAACAUGUGCCCAUUAGAGUGCCCCCUUAACAUAAAAUAAGCAGCAUGCUGAUGGGUACAUUUAUAUUAAGGGGCACUCUGAUGGGCACAUUUAUAUUAAGGGGCACUCUGAUGGGCACAUUUAUAUUAAGGGGCACUCUGAUGGGCACAUUUUAUGUUAAGGGGCACUCUGAUGGGCACAUUCUACGUUGUGCCCAUCAGAGUGCCCCUUAACAUUAAAUGUGCCCAUCAGCAUUACCCUUUAACAUUA